AUGCUGUGUCAACGUGUUCGCCAGUUUGGUCAGAAGCUAGUUCGCAGGCUGCCUCUGGAGCCAAGGGAGGGGACUGACAGCCGCCUGACCCGUUGUCUGAGCACCCUAGACCUGGUGGCCUUUGGUGUGGGCAGUACUCUGGGGGCGGGUGUGUACGUCCUGGCUGGUGAAGUGGCCAAGGACAAAGCUGGACCAGCGAUUAUCCUCUGCUUCUUGGUGGCUGCCCUGACUUCCAUGUUGUCUGGGCUCUGCUACGCGGAGUUUGGGGCCCGGGUACCAUGCUCCGGUUCUGCGUAUCUCUACAGCUACGUCACGGUGGGACAGCUGUGCGCCUUCACGACUGGGUGGACCCUUAUCCUCUCCUAUGUCAUUGGCAGUGCCAGUGUGGCCAGGGCCUGGAGCUCCGCCGUGGACAGCCUGACCGGGAACCGCAUCUCUCAGGUGCUGCAGGGAAGCUUCUCUCCACAGGUGCCCCACCUGGCCAAGUACCUAGACUUUUUCUCGCUGGGCCUGGUGCUGCUGCUCACUGGUCUACUGGUUCUGGGAGCUAGGGAGUCAGCCCUGGUUACCAAGGUGUUCACGGGCCUGAACCUUUUGGUUCUCAGCUUCGUCAUCCUCUGUGGCUUCAUUAAGGGAGACAUGCACCACUGGCAGCUCACGGAACAGGACUACGAAUUGGCCAAAAAUGGAUCAAAUGACACUUCUAGCUUGGGCCCUCUGGGCUCUGGAGGGUUUGUGCCUUUUGGCUUUGAUGGGAUCCUCCGAGGAGCAGCCACGUGUUUCUAUGCCUUUGUCGGUUUUGACUGCAUCGCCACCACAGGGGAAGAAGCCCGCAACCCUCAGCGCUCCAUCCCCCUGGGCACUGUGAUCUCGCUCUUCAUCUGCUUCCUGGCGUACUUUGGGGUCUCUGCGGCGCUCACUCUCAUGGUGCCCUACUACCAGAUUCAUUCUGACAGCCCCUUGCCGCAGGCUUUUCUCUACGUUGGAUGGGCACCUGCCAGAUAUGUUGUGGCAGCCGGGACUCUCAGCGCUCUUUCAUCCAGCCUCCUGGGUUCCAUGUUCCCCAUGCCUCGCGUGAUCUUUGCAAUGGCAGAGGAUGGGCUCCUUUUCCGGGGACUUGCCCGGAUUCACCCCCGCACCCACACCCCCAUCAUCGCCACCAUCGUUUCUGGAACUCUUGCAGCACUCAUGGCCUUCCUCUUCGAGCUCAGUGACCUUGUGGACCUCAUGUCGAUUGGGACUCUGCUUGCGUACUCCCUGGUGGCCUUCUCUGUGCUUGUCCUCAGGUACCAGCCAGACAAGAAAAUGAAGUUGGAAAUCAUGGAGACAAAGCCUGAAUUUGAAACAAGUUCUUUUGAAUCUGUACUGGAAGCAGGAACCUCAAAGACUCUCAAAAGUCUGUGUAUCACUGUGAACACCAGCCCCACUCGGAAAUCUGGCCAGGUGGUCUAUGGAUGUGCCUUGCUGCUGGCUCUCCUGCUGACCAUCCUGUGCCUGAUACUGGCCCAGUGGCCCAGCCGUCUGGUGGCUGGAGACCCAGGGUUCACAACAGUGACGGGGCUGCUGCUGCUACUCAUUCUGGGGAUCACCUUCAUAAUUUGGAGACAGCCCCAGAACCCAACUCCUCUUCACUUCAAGGUUCCUGCUUUGCCUGUUCUCCCACUGCUCAGCAUCUUUGUGAAUAUUUACUUGAUGAUGCAGAUGACCCCUACGACCUGGGCCCAGUUUGGCAUUUGGAUGGUGAUUGGCUUUGCCAUAUACUUUGGAUAUGGGAUCCGACACAGCAUGGAGAAGACCAGUGAUCAAUAG